GCGCUGGCGGAGGGAGGGGUAGGUGCAGCUGUCCAUCUCACUUGGGUAGGUUCAACCGUCCAUCACCUCGCAGCCGCAGCAAACCAUGGCCCCCCAACCCGCGGUGGCCCAGGCCACCAUCGACUUCUUCAACCGCCUCCGGCCGACGCACGCCAACGCCGCGGCCAACUUCGACCCGGGCACCGUCGCGGGCGACGCGCGGGCGACGCGCGUCGUCGUGCACGCGCGGUACCCGCAGCUGGUCGAGGACUUUUUGGCCUUCAAGCGCGAGCGCGGCUGCCCCGCCGAGCGCGCCCUCUACCACGCCGGCUGGGCCUGGCGCGACCAGGUCGCGCGCCUGCUGGCCCGCCGCCCGCUCGCCUUCCUCAACCCGACCGACCACACGGUCCUGCGCACGGGGGAGACGGUCGACUGCGCCGCGCGCGCCUGGGACCUGGUCGGCACCCCGGAGGAGGGCACCGUCGCCGACCCCGCCGCCGCCGCUGCCCUGCGCCUGCGCGACUACCUGAGCUACGACGAGGCGCUGCUCGGCAGCCUGCUGGGAGUCAGCGGGCCGAGCCACUUCAUCAACGACGGUGGGCGCCACAACCGCGGCGUGCCCGGGGAGCCGGGCACGUUCGAGCCGCGCGGGGUCAUCGUCGGGCUCGCGGGCCCGCGCUUCGAGCGCAGGGGCCGCAUGGACUGGCACCUCGCCGUCAACAGCGGGAACCUGCCGGGCCCGUUGGCGGCCGCCUACCGCCGCUUCCUGGGCUGCGAGCUGGCGCCCGGCACGCUGCACCAGGACGGCGCGAAGACGGCCGUCCUGUCGGAGCGGGCGUACGGGGCGCGCGUGCGCGUCACGGCCGAGCUGCUGCUCGCCGAGGCCGCCGACCGCGCCGCGCAGGCCGGGGCGGGCGUCCAGGCCCACGUGUACGUCGUGGGGCUGGGGCUAGGGGUGUGGAAGAUCGACGACCGCCAGCCGGACCUGUACGUGGCGGCGUUCGAGAGGGCGCUCAAGGGCCUGGCGCCGCCGGCCCGCGCCCGCGUCGGCGUGGUCGAGUUCGGCUACGUGGGCGGGACCGUCUCGGCCGCGGUGCGCGACUCCGUCGUGGCGACCGGGAAGAAGUACGAGCCCCGCGUCGACGUCGUCUUCUCGACGCGGAACCCGGCCGCCAAGCUACCGCCGGGGUCGUCGCCCAGGCGCCUGCUCGUGCUGAGCUACGCCUGGGACGGCAACGCGUUCCCCGGGAACGAGUACUGGAUGCGCAUGGUGGCCGCGUCGGGCGACCCGGCCGCGGCCUGCAUGAGCACCAUCGCCGACCUGCACAACCCGCUGCUGAACCCGGGCUACCUUGAGCGCAUUGCCGUCCUGGGCCCUUGGGGUGGCAGUCUCAGCUGAGGUGUCUGACGCAAAAUGUACGGGAUUUCAAAGGGCACGAGUGAUACGUGUAGUGACAAACGGACUUCUCUUGCUGCAACUUCGGACCGGUGCAUGCACACACAGCAGCAAGGCGCAGGUACCCGAAUUUCUGUGUUCCAGCCGGCCACAUCCUGAGACGAGGCAACGUCCCACGUCAAAAUGCGGUUAGGGUGUAGAUAGAUGAUGAUAGUUUAUUCCGUCGGGACACGCCGGAGAAGAUGCCGUUUUUGCCAUGCACAAGCGGAACCCGAAUAUCGAAUUGCCACCUCAAUGAAACAUAUCAGAUAGUAGCA